UUAUUAGGCCAUUUGCACAAAAUAUGCCUGCAUCUUGGAUUUCCUUAUCUGGUCAAGUGCAGGUUUUUCCAAAGGAAGCUGAAAUCAGCCAGCACUUGAACAGCCUCUCAAAACAGUUUUAUAUUGCCCGACUCCUUAUCUAUGUAGAAUACGUGGGGGGGUGUCUGAAGAAUACCCGAUAAUGAGUCCGUAAAAGAUAAAGAGGAAAAUAAAAGACGAUUGAUGUGGCAGCAGAGGGCUCAAGACAUUUAGAUUUUCAUCGAGAUGUGGACUGCAAUAUCAUUAAUAAUUUUGCUAACAUGGGCAGUGAACCCUGGGCGGGCUAAAUUGGUUCGAUCACCUUAUCUCCUGAGAUACAGUAAUGUCGAGUGGGAUCCUAUCCCUGUUGAAGAAGACGUGGGUUCCAGACUGAUCCUUACACCAUACAUUGAGAAUGGUAAAAUUGAGGAAGCACGUGCUUUGUCCGCUGUCAGUGGUGGACCAAUUCCUGAAGAUAUUCCUAGUCAUUCUGGAUUCUUCACCGUGAACAAGCAGUACAACUCCAGUCUGUUCUUCUGGUUCUUCCCAGCCGAACAAGGCUAUGAGACGGCGCCUCUGCUAGUGUGGCUCCAGGGAGGACCAGGAUCUACCUCAUUGUACGGCCUUUUCACCGAGCUCGGACCCUUCUUCGUAGGAGAGGACCAUAAGUCGCUCGUCAAGAAUCCGUACUCAUGGCACAAGAAUCAUUCAAUCAUUUUCAUAGACAAUCCCGUCGGAACAGGAUUCAGUUUCACAGACCAGCAAGAUGGCUAUGCAAAGGAACAAGUACAAGUUGGAGCUGAAUUAUACUCAGCUAUUCUUCAGUUUCUGACAGUGUUUCCGGAGCUGCAAGCAGUUCCCUUCUUCAUAACGGGGGAAUCGUACGCAGGAAAAUACGUGCCGGCGUUUGCUUACACAAUACAUCAGAACAAUCCCACAGCGGAACUGAAGAUUAACUUGCACGGGAUAGCAGUCGGCAACGGGUUCACCGACCCUAUCACCAUCCUGGAUUACAGUCACUUCUUGUACCAGCUAGGCUUGGUGGAUACCAACACGUAUAAUGAAAUGAAGGAUAUUGAAAAAAGCGGAAAAACAGCCAUCCAAGAAGGCAGACUCGUCGACGCGUUUUGGAGUUGGAGCUACGACUUAGACGUAUUCAUGGUGACAUCGGAAUUCUGGAACCUGUACAACCUGCUGUACGAAGUGGAACCUGAGGUUGGCGGAGACCUCUACACUUUCGUGCAGUUGCCCGAAGUACGUCGGGCUCUACAUGUUGGCGAUCAGGCAUUCGCAAGCGGUGGAACUGUUUACGAGUACAUGAUCCCCGAUUUCAUGAAUUCAGUUCGCCCGUGGCUCGAGGAAGUAAUUGAGAACUACCGUGUCCUCUACUACAGUGGCCAGAUGGACAUUAUUGUGGCCUACCCGCUGACUGUCGGCUUGUUCAAUACGCUCGAGUUCACAGCCGCGGCAGAGUACCGAGCAGCAGAACGCAUUCCCUGGUACGUGGACGGGCGACUAGCAGGGUACAUGAAGAGUGGAGGUAACUUCACGGAAGUUGUAGUUCGGAACGCUGGCCACAUGGUGCCCACAGACCAACCUUUGUGGGCUUUCGACCUCAUCAAUCGGUUCACUCAAAAUGAUCUACUUCCGAGACACAAGUAAUCUUAAAAUUAACUUGAACUUCCAGGUGGAAAUGCUCUGAAAUAGACAUAAUUACUUCCUUUCCUUAAGUCCAAUGCCCUCAGCAGAUGCAGACCUUCUCUGCAUGACCUUGGGACCUACAGAAUGAGGCCUAGUUUAGUCAUCUUCAUUUAAAUGCUUCAGACUUCUGGCAAGAAAUCGUACUGUAAAACUGACGGUUUUAGAACUGAUGCCUGGCUUCAGAAACUUGUUAUUUCUGCGUCACAGCUCUCAAUCUGAACCUCUUUCGGCAACUGAGAGCUAAUUAACCAAGUGAAAUGUCUAUUUAGAUUUUAGUGAUUUGCAGUCAACGAACUCACUCCUGUCCAUAUCUCAUGGUAAGCUCCCUCUACACGACUUAGACAUGUAAAUAUCUAUCUGCAAGUACUAAUAAUUCGGUCUGUAAUUUUUAUUGCAAUGACAUUUAGAAAGAAAAAGGCGAUUUGGAAAUUACUGAACAUAUAAGAAACAAUUUUAUAAUACUCCAGUGUGAAAAAUAUAAUUCGCAAAUAAACAUGUACAGAAUCAUAA